AAGAACUACACAUAAAUCCGCGCAAGAUGGCUGCACACUGCAGAAGGCCGGCAUCCGGUACUACCUAAACCUUCUUCCGGGUCACGUGACAAGGUCAAUGAUCACAUGACCGAAAGUGCUGAAGGCGGAAGUGAAGAAGAGAGUGGUGUAGCUGGUUUUAUAUAAUGGCAUCAUCAAGUUCUAAUCAAACUAGUGAUGGAUUUACCCAAGAAAAAUUACAGCUCAGCGUGAAAGAAAAGAGUGUACCUUUGCAACUUAACCUUCAAGCAACAAACAGAGGAAGCAGGGCGUCUGGGGAGGAGCUAACCAUCGCCCUAGAUGAGCACAGGGAAGCAGGGAGUGCUCCUAUCUAUACAGAAAUGGAGAAUGCAGACUCUGAAAUGGUUUUUGAGAAUGGUCAUUAUGCCCUGGAAAAAAUGAGCUCUCCUCAAAGUGUAAGCAGUGGCCCCAGCCAGCCAAUAACGGACCAGAAUAACAGGAGCAGCAUCACUGUGCUAGUCAAUGGAGUAAGCUCCCAUGCAACGAGAUCAGAAUUGGGGGUGUCUGCACAAGAUGAAGUUUCCAGCAAUGUUAACAGCCCUUCACCUUCAUCGGGCUCAGAAUUACGCUCAGUAGACAACGAGGACACGCAUUCCUUGCGGCCUUCUGCUCUGACCCCCACUGCAGAGGGCCUUCCACCUGGGUGGGAGCAGAGAGAACUGAGCAAUGGACGGGUUUACUACGUAGACCAUAACACCAAGAGCACUACGUGGGAGAAACCCUUACCCCUCGGCUGGGAGAAACGUGUGGAUAACAGGGGUCGGUUCUAUUACGUUGACCACAAUACUCAAACAACCACAUGGCAGAGGCCCACAGCAGAGUAUGUCAGAAACUAUGAGCAAUGGCAGUCGCAGAGGAAUCAAAUGCAGGGUGCCAUGCAACAGCUGAACCAGCGUUUCCUGUAUCAGCCCUCAUCUGCUGCUCCUGACAAUGACCCGCUUGGUGCGCUACCCAAUGGAUGGGAGAAGCGUCAGGAUAAUGGCCGGGUGUAUUACGUGAAUCAUAAUACUCGAACCACACAGUGGGAAGAUCCAAGGACUCAGGGCAUGAUUCAGGAGCCAGCACUACCCCCGGGCUGGGAAAUGAAAUAUACUAGUGAAGGCAUACGCUACUUUGUUGAUCAUAACAAGCGUGCUACGACUUUUAAAGAUCCUCGUCCAGGUUUUGACUCAGGGGUCAAGCAGGGAGGCUCACCUGGAGCAUAUGACCGAAGUUUCCGUUGGAAAUACCAUCAGUUCCGCUUCCUGUGCCAUUCAAAUGCUCUCCCAAGCCAUGUAAAGAUCAGUGUAUCCCGACAGACACUAUUUGAGGAUUCCUUCCAGCAGAUAAUGAAUAUGAAGCCAUACGAUCUCCGAAGACGUCUCUACAUAAUAAUGCGUGGAGAGGAAGGUCUGGACUAUGGUGGAAUUGCCAGGGAAUGGUUCUUUCUGUUGUCACACGAGGUGCUAAACCCCAUGUACUGUCUGUUUGAGUAUGCCGGCAAGAACAACUACUGUUUACAGAUCAACCCUGCUUCAUCCAUUAACCCUGAUCACCUUACUUACUUCAGGUUCAUUGGUCGAUUUAUUGCCAUGGCUCUUUACCAUGGGAAGUUUAUUGACACAGGCUUUACCCUACCAUUUUAUAAGAGGAUGUUAAACAAGAAACCAUCCUUGCGGGACCUUGAAUCCAUCGAUCCGGAAUUUUACAACUCCAUUAUGUGGAUUAAGGAUAACAAUCUUGAGGAAUGUGAACUGGAGCUUUACUUUGUGCAGGACAUGGAAAUUCUGGGUGAAGUGACAUCUCAUAAGCUGAAGGAAGGGGGUGAAAACAUCCUUGUGACUGAAGAAAACAAAGAGGAAUUUAUUAGGCUGCUUACAGACUGGCGUUUCACUCGAGGAGUUGAAGAGCAAACCAGUGCUUUCCUGGAUGGCUUCAAAGAGGUUGUUCCCCUGGAGUGGCUCCAGUACUUUGAUGAGAAGGAACUUGAGCUAAUGCUCUGCGGCAUGCAAGAGAUUGAUAUUGCAGAUUGGCAGAAGAAUACAAUAUAUCGUCACUAUACCAAAAACAGCAAGCAGGUUCAGUGGUUUUGGCAGGUGGUGAAAGAGAUGGACAAUGAAAAAAGGAUCCGGCUGCUGCAGUUUGUAACUGGAACAUGUCGCCUUCCAGUGGGUGGAUUUGUAGAAUUAAUAGGUAGCAACGGACCUCAGAAGUUUUGCAUCGACAGAGUUGGUAAAGAUACUUGGCUGCCACGGAGUCACACAUGCUUUAAUCGUUUGGAUCUUCCUCCUUACAAGAGUUACGAGCAGCUUAAAGAGAAGAUGCUUUUUGCCAUUGAAGAGACAGAAGGAUUUGGCCAGGAAUGAUCAAAAAUGGCUCAUCUAAGAUGAAAGAACCUGGAGGAAAUAAAAGAAGCCUGCCUAAAUGUUUGCAUAAGUGUAGCUUGACUGGUAGUAUUUGGGACAGACAUUUCUGUAUAUUAUAGGUGUGGUAUGUCUGUUUAAGCAGGCUGAGCCCCUAGGAAGCACAAUGUGUUUCAUUUAUCAGCAGGUUCUUAUGUUUCUAAAAAUCAAAAGUUCCAAAAAAAGUUGCAUUAUGUUGGAUUCAGUUUGGACUUUGGCUAGUUAACGCAAUGCUCUUCCUUAGGCUUCUUCUUGAUUCUUUACCUAUAUUUUGAUAUUUUAGUUGUGCAAAUAAGCUUCUGUUGUAUUCAGCACCAAUGCUUCCAUUUGUGCUCUCUCUAUACAGUUUAUGGUAACCUAUUGUUCUACAUUUUAUCUUUAAUUACCUUUCUAGAUUAUAUCUGAGGAGUUUUCGAUACUGGAUCAACCAUAUCCAUUCAGUAUUGUAGCUCAGUUCAGGGGCAGCCUAAAAAUAUAGAGAUGGUGAAUGGGAGAAAGAUAAGUAGAAAGCUGAUAUUGUACAAGUAUGGGACCUGUUAUCCAGAAUGUUCCGGACCUAGGGUUUUCCGGAUAAUGGAUCUUUCUGUAAUUUGGAUCUUCAUACCUUAAGUCUACUAGAAAAACAUGAAAUAAACCCAAAAAGGCUGGUUUUGCUUCCAAUAAGGAUUAAUUAAAUCUUAGUUUGGCUCAAAUGCAAGAUAUUGUUUUAUUAUAACAGAGAAAAAUUAAAUAUUUUUUAAACUAUGAGAUUAUUUGGAUACUAUGGAUUCUAUGGGAGACAACCUUUCUGUAAUUUGGAGCUUUCUGGAUAACGGGUUUACGGAUAACAGAUCCCAUACCUGUACCACCAAAAUUAUCUUCAGAUGAUCCUGCCAUGAAGGCAGCAAGACUGACCUAAACUUUUGAUUUAGAGGAACUAGUGGCCCAUUUUAACUGGUCUCUGGUUGACAAAGGAUGAUGGAACUAGUCAUUUAACAACAUUGAAGGAUUGGCAUGCUCUUUAUUUAAAGGGAUACUAGCAUCAAUAUUUGAAAGUUUUAUUUGUGUUUAUAAAAGAUUGGUUUGUUGGAAAAAGAUUCUCUUGCAUUUUAAAAAUUUAUGGUAACAUUAUAUUCUUUCAUUGUUAGGGAAGUUUUUUUUUCAUCUUUGUUGUGUAGCCAUUUCUGUAUAUAUAGAAUCAGUUCACUAGUCUCGCAAGGCUUGUGACAAAAACAAGUAUCUUUUCUCUGGGAGGCUCAUAAUGUAUAAUGUAUAAUCAUAAUCAUAUAUCUUGUUUAUAUGUCUGAAGUCUGAAGCCUAGAGAGGACUUUAGUAAAUGUAUGUAGAACUGUGAGAUGAAUUAGAAAGGUUAACUAAGGCAAAACAACCAAUACCACUAACAUUUUUUAAAUUUCUGAAUAUAUAAAAGUAGAUCUCUUGUGUGAUGAAAUAAUCCAUCUUAUGUGAUGACCCUUUAAGGAAUGGUCUGGUUAAAGAAACUGAACUAUAUCCUUUCAUAACACCAUAAUAGCCUUUUUGGUAUUGGCUAGGAUGUUGGUUAGUAUGGAAGUAUUGGAAAAAAAUAUAUGACUCUAUUAAUCCUCCAUGAUGAAGUACUGUAGCUGUCUUUCCUAAAAUUGUCCUGCUUUCUCUGUUGAAUGUUGUUUUGUAUGUUUUAAUCACAGCCAUCUGUUAAUAUUUGUAACUGUGUUGGAUAACAGCAAAUGUACAUAGAAUGUAUAUAGAAGAUCUAUAUUAUAUAUAAAAAUUGAAAAAAAAAACGACACUUGCAAGAGCUUUGGAUGAAUCACCAAAGUUUGUUUUUUUUUCAGCACUGAUCUGCGUCCAUGAUGCUAAAUUUCCUGUGCAAUAAACAUGCUGAGAUUUG